UGUACACAUAUCCAUAAAAAACGGUCCAUAUGUAUAUCAAAUAAUGAGAGCAUGUAAAAAAAGAACAAGUUUAACUAUGUAUUACUUUUUAUCGCUCGAGGCUCUCAUCUGCAUAGAAUUAAAUAUCACCGUUGUAAACUCCGUAAUUCCCCUUUAUGCUCACUAUUAAGAACAAACAUUUUGUACAUAAUGUAUACAUAUAUACCUACACUAAUAGGCUAUUGCUCAUGCGGAAUUAAGAUUUGCAAUCAUUCGAUUUUGGCAAUAGAACUGAGCAGCAGCUCAGCAGCGGCAUAGGUGCAUUUUUAUAGUUUAAGCUCACGGCAACAUCAUCGUUUAGAAUUCGAAAUCAAAAAUUAAAUAAAAAUUAAGUUGUUUCAACAAAUCAAAGGUGUUGACCUUUUUUUGUUAAUUUGGAGUUUAAUAGCUACAAAAAAAGCUUUGCAGCUCAACAGUAGGUGACCCCGACGUGAUCGCCGUGCGUUUUUGGUGGAAUUGUACUUUUCGAUAUUUGGGAGAUUAAACUGUGUGCAUAACGCUUUGUACAUAAUAAUAUACUCGUAUACGCCUAUAGCCGAAAAUUUGAAUCCGUUAUUCAAGAGCACGGAACUUUGUGAAACUUGUAGCGUGAUCUUGAAACAGUUAAACUGUUAGCUUACGUCUUCAGCAUAUUUUGUGAGCCGCUAUUUCUGUUCAUUUCCCACGCAACGGUUUCCAGUUGCGAUUUUUCCCGAGUGUAGUACACAUCACGCGCUGCCGAUAUAAAUUCGACUUGAAUCCAUCAUGACACUUAACCCAGCUAAUGGUACUCCAGGUAGCGAAAAUGCUGCUCAAUCAAAUGAACAGGUGGCCACAGAUCGAGUUAGCUUUUUUAAGUUAAAAACAAAAGCAAUAUUCAACCGGCUUGAGCGAAUAGCUGCCGAGAUGGACAGUGAUAAGCUGCACGGGAUGGACGAAUACGCUCUGACGGCACUACUGGACUCAUUGGGGGAACUGAAGUCAAGUUUCAACGGUGCGCACACAAGCUUGGAGGAAUUGGAUUUCGAUUCAAUUUGCAGCGAUCUGCCUGGUAAAUUCGACUCCAAUUUAGUUAACCUCAGAUCCACUCUGCAGCGUGAAAUUGGAAAGCGAAGUGCACCUCAGCUAUGCUCCACAUUCAGGGUUAACGCCAAUGAGUCGCAAUCAAUUAUAGUGAACACCAACCGAUCACGCUUGCCGUUACUUACACUGCCAAAGUUCACUGGUGCCUAUACUGAGUGGACAAACUUCUUCUCCAUGUUCGUAUCUGUCAUCGACAAGGAUAGCGACCUUACGCCGGUCGACAAGCUUCAACAUCUACGUUCCUGCCUGAGUGGUGCAGCGCUGGAUACCAUACGUUCUCUAGAAAAAAAUGAGGCUAAUUAUAAAAAUGCAUUAGAUCUUUUGCAUAAGCGUUUUGAUAACAAGCGUCUUAUAUUUCAGGCACACAUCAGGGAGAUCUUCGGGCUGGGCAAAGCAGAUGGGUCAGUAGGCAGGCUACGGGAACUAACUGACAAAGUCACCGCUCACAUACGUGCACUGCAAUCGCUUGGGUCCAAGGAGCAAAUAUCCGACUGUAUCAUUGUACAACUACUAAUACAGAAGUUAGACAAAGCGACUCAAUCCAAAUGGGAGGAGAAUUCGCCGACAAACGAACUACCUUCGUGGGACCAGUUAUCUACCUUUCUGGAGAAGCGCUGUAGAACGCUCGAAAACGUCGAACACGUUAUGCAAACACCAGUUGGUCAAGCUGGUAAAUCUGGUAAAAACGUGAGUACCAACCAAAGAAAAUCAUUUGUUGCUUCUGGUGGCUCAGUGGGCGGUUGCGUAUUUUGUGGAUCCCAUGAGCAUCUGAUAUACCAUUGUCCUCGCUUUACAAAUCUGUCGCCAAACCUCCGCCAAAAAGAGGUUAAACAACUCGCUCUAUGUCUCAAUUGUCUAAAAAAAGGUCAUCAGAUGCGCGACUGCAAAUCGGGGUCUUGUCGUAACUGUCAAUCAAAGCACCAUACACUUUUGCACUUUGAGCGCUCUGCUCCAACUGCCACCAGCCCUCAAGGCUUAACUUUGAAAUCCGCUACAGCCCAACCUAAUGCCAUGACUGCAGCCUUAUCUGCCUCGUCCCAGGCCCUUACUUCUCCAUCUGAUGUUGUGCUUCUAGCCACUGCGGUAAUUUUUGUAAAAAAUCGUGCCGGCACUUUCGUACCUUGUCGUGCGCUGUUAGACUCUGGUUCACAGCUGCACUUUAUCACCUCUCGUUUCACAAACCAGCUGCAGCUGCGCAAAACCAAAACCUUCGCUGGAGUAUCUGGCAUUGGCGACGUCAACUUUUCAACGGAGGGAUACUCGGUCGAUCUCGUACUGAAGUCGCGGACUUCUGAUUUCUCGACGACGAUUACUGCUGUUGUCGCACAAACGAUCACUGAAAGUCAACCUGGCCUUACAGUGAGCACCGUUAAUUGGCGACUUCCCUCCAACAUCCAGCUGGCUGAUCCCAACUUCAACAUACCACAGCGUAUUGAUCUGCUUAUAGGAGCAGGACUCUUCUUCGAACUUCUCUGUGUGGGCCAAAUUCAGUUGGCGCCUGGGCUGCCAUUGCUUCAAAAAACUCGGUUUGGUUGGGUGCUGUCCGGUGGUGGACAACAAACGCCCAAACUCUCAUCUUUCGUCGUACGUCAACGGCCAUCUACUGACAUUGAUUGUAGUACUCGGCUAGAUUAUUUAGUGCGUCGUUUUUGGGAAAUCGACCAUGUAAUUGAGCCAAUCGCUAAAACAACAAAGGAAGAGCUCGACUGCGAAGAGCACUUUAGGCAAAAUUAUUCGCGUCUGUCUUCAGGCGAGUAUUCCGUGCGUCUGCCGAUGAAGAGUAGCGUGGAGUCACUAGGUGAUUCGUAUUUACAGGCACUACAUCGCUUUCGCAGUCUUGAACGAAAACUGACUCGCAAUCCACAGCUCAAGGAACAAUAUGUGGCAUUCAUUAACGAAUAUUUGGAUCUCAACCACAUGUCACUAGUCUCCAGUAAGGAUGUUCAUGACUGUAAGUUUUUCCUUCCACAUCACUGUGUCAUCAAGGAUGACAGCACUACAACAAAGCUGAGAGUUGUAUUUGAUGGCUCUGCAGCUACAACUUCGGGCUUGUCGCUGAACGAUCUGCUCAUGUCAGGUCCAACAAUACAACCGAAGCUUUUCAACAUCCUCAUUAGAUUUCGAUCGUUUCCCGUCGCACUUACUGGAGACAUCUGCAAAAUGUAUAGAUGCGUUCGAGUCACUGCACCAGACGACAUGCUCCAGUGUAUACUAUGGCGUGACUCUCCACAAGAUGACCUACGCGUGUACAAGUUGAAUACGGUGACCUAUGGAACUAAGCCUGCAUCAUUUCUGGCUAUUCGGGCCAUGCAUCAGCUCGCGUUUGAUGAAUCAUCAGCAUAUCUCCUGGGUUCAAAGGUCGUUCUUCGAGACUUCUAUGUGGAUGAUAUGAUAUCUGGUGGCAAUUCAGUGCGGGAAGUGCGAAACAUUAUGCAGCAAACAACAGGUCUUCUUUCUCGAGGUAAUUUCCAAUUACGGAAAUGGUGCUCCAACAGCCCUGAUGUUCUCGGCGAUAUUCCCCAAACAGAAAGAGAAAGCUUUCUCAAAUUCGAUGACGGCAGUGAUAUCACCAAGGCUCUGGGACUAGUCUGGGAUCCGUUCAAAGACACUCUGUUGUUUUCGUUUUCGCCGAUCAGAUCUGGCAGAAAUUCCAAACGCUCUGUAUUAGCUACCAUAGCUCGUUUUUACGAUCCACUUGGCCUACUAGGCCCCACUCUGACAAGGGCGAAAAUUCUUUUACAGCGAAUGUGGAGGGAUAAGCUCGCGUGGGAUGAAAGCUUGCCCCAUUCACUGGAUACGGCCUGGUCUACGUUUUGUGAAGAUUUCGUCAACAUUCAACAUUCGUCAUUUCCGCGCUAUGUAUUACAGCCUGGAGCCGCGCUUGAAAUUCAUGCGUUUUGCGACGCUAGCCUUGAAGCAUAUGGCGCUUGUGUAUAUGCUCGCUCAACUAAGGAUAACAACGUCCAAUUACAGUUGCUAUGUUCAAAGGCACGCGUUGCUCCACUGAAAACUCUGACUGUGCCCAAGUUGGAACUCAGCGCUGCCGCUCUGCUUGCGCAGUUAGUAGGUGAGAUAGCCAAGAUGAAGGUUUUUGACUGCCGCUUCUAUUGUUGGUCAGAUUCGUCGAUCGUUCUAUCAUGGCUGCAGGAAGAAUCUUCAAAAUUUAACGUUUUCGUCGCUAAUCGAAUAUGUGCUAUACAGGAGCUUACACAGGGGAUGACUUGGCACUAUGUUCCUACAGCCAUGAACCCAGCAGACAUCCUAUCCAAAGGGGCCGCACCAAGAGAGCUCUUGCAAUCAGCUCUUUGGAUGCACGGUCCAAUAUUCUUGCACAAAGCAGAAAUCAGCUGGCCUGAAUUUCGCGAACCACAAACCAAGCUUUUGGAAACUCGUCAAAAGGUAUUACUCACAUCAAAUGAUCGACCCGACGUAUCUCUUUCAUUUAAGUACAUCAACUCGUUUGGCAAAAUGCAGCGUAUUUUUGGUUACGUAAGCAAAUUUAUCAAUAUAAAAAAAUUGCCAAGGACGUCGCAGCUCACGUCUCGGGACAUUCAUCAUGGGGUUCAGUUGUUAAUUCGCAUCGUUCAGAGAGCGCAGCUUUGGUCAGAUUACGUCGCUCUGAAAAAUAAGAGGUGUGUCUCAUCAUCUAGCAGCAUCUCUUCAUUAUCACCAUUUUUAGAUGACAUCGGUCUGAUUCGAGUUGGCGGUCGCCUGAGGCAUUCAACUCUUGGCUUUGAAGCGCGUCACCCGUGUAUUCUACCAAAGAAUCAUCCGCUGACGUUCUCCAUAAUUGCACAUUUUCAUCACAAGCAUCAUCAUGUAGGGCCGCAGUCACUACUUGCAGCCAUUCGCUUGCAAUACUGGCCCAUAGGUGGCAGAAAAACUGUCGCCCACGCCCUCGGUAAAUGCAUUAUAUGUUGUAAAUCGAGACCGCGACUCGUCGAGCACAUCAUGGCUGACUUGCCUAAGGAUCGCAUUGCGGCCUCACGCGCCUUUAUUGUCACUGGUGUAGACUAUUGUGGGCCGUUCUAUUAUAAGCCAGAAAUGCGUAACAAGUCCCCUCAAAAAUGUUACGUUAGCGUUUUUAUCUGCUUCGCAACAAAAGCCGUCUGGAUGGAGUUAGUGAAGGACUUAUCGACCAGCGCCUUUAUCGACGCUCUAAAGAGAUUUGUUGCUACUCGUGGCGUACCCAGCUGCAUUUGGUCAGAUAAUGCAACCAACUUCGUAGGCGCAAGAAACGAGUUGAGUGAUUUGCGACGCCUAUUUUUAAGCGAGGAGCAUCGCAGCGAGGUCCAUAACCACUGUCUCAACAAUGGGUUUGAUUGGCGAUUCAUCCCGCCCCGCUCGCCGCACUUCGGCGGCUUGUGGGAAGCAGCCGUAAAAACAGCUAAGCAGCACUUUUAUCGUUCGGUUGGCUCUUCACUUCUUGGCUUUGACGAAUUGCGCACUCUGGUAUGUCAAAUCGCUGCUGUUAUUAAUUCUCGUCCUCUUGUACCACUUUCAGAAAAUCCAGAGGAUUUAGACGUAUUGACGCCAGGGCAUUUCCUGAUUGGUGGUCCCCUAAUAGCUCUACCUGAACCUGACCUGAGACAUUUAAAUUGUAAUCGUCUUGACCGAUGGCAGCGCGCAACUCACGUGCACCAAAUUUUCUGGAAUCGGUGGAGUCGAGAAUAUCUCACUCUCCUCCAGCAACGAGCGAAGUGGCGCACACCUCAGGCCAGCAUUCAAGUGAACGAUAUCGUAUGCGUCAAGGACGAAAACUCACCGCCUCUGAAGUGGCCCCUGGCCCGUGUAAUCGAGGUUAUCCCUGGAGCUGAUGGUGUAGUACGAGUGGCAGUUUUACGCACGUCUAGUGGAACAACCCGUCGAGCAGUGAACAAGCUGUGCGUCCUUCCAGUAAACGAUACUGUUGAAAGCCCUGACCUUUCAACGCGGGGAGUAUGUUCGGAGCAGCAGCCGAUAAUGCAAUCAACAUAAAUCAUUAGCCUCACAUCGCAAUAUAAAGCGUUACAUUUAAGCUUCAAAUAUUUUUAUCAUUUUGUUUAAACUUCUAAACAUUUUGUACCACCCUAGCAUAAAUAUUCCCAGUCCGUUAUUGAACAUAUGUACAUUAUUAUUGUAAAACCACUCACUUUAUAUUCCAAUUGCAAAACAUAUGAGCAUAUACGUACAUGGAGGAGGGUAAUUACUUGGGCUCAUACAUACUAUUAUACUGGACGAAUGCAGGCGAACGGGAUAUGAUGUGUACAUAGUAUGUACAACUGCUGUCGCUCUUAAGGCGGGCGUACAAGCAUGUACACAUAUCCAUAAAAAACGGUCCAUAUGUAUAUCAAAUAAUGAGAGCAUGUAAAAAAAGAACAAGUUUAACUAUGUAUUACUUUUUAUCGCUCGAGGCUCUCAUCUGCAUAAAAUUAAAUAUCACCGUUGUAAACUCCGUAAUUCCCCUUUAUGCUCACUAUUAAGAACAAACAUUUUGUACAUAAUGUAUACAUAUAUACCUACACUAAUAGGCUAUUGCUCAUGCGGAAUUAAGAUUUGCAAUCAUUCGAUUUUGGCAAUAGAACUGAGCAGCAGUUUAUCAGCGGCAUAGGUGCAUUUUUAUAGUUUAAGCUCACGGCAACAUCAUCGUUUAGAAUUCGAAAUCAAAAAUUAAAUAAAAAUUAAGUUGUUUCAACAAAUCAAAGGUGUUGACCUUUUCUUGUUAAUUUGGAGUUUAAUAGCUGCAAAAAAAGC